AUGACGUUUGCAUCUAUCUAUCUAUCUAUCUAUCUAUCUAUCUAUCUAUCUAUCUAUCUAUCCUCAGUCUGUUUAUACCUAUCUCAUUUUGUUCAUAUCUAUCCUCAGUCUGUACAGAUCUGUUUCAAUUUGAUCAUUUCUAUCUAUCUAUCUAUCUAUCUAUCUAUCUAUCUAUCUAUCUAUCUAUUCUCAGUCUGUACAUAUCUGUUUCAGUUUGUUCAUAUCUAUCUAUCUAUCUAUCUAUCUAUCUAUCUAUCUAUCUAUCUUCAGUCUGUUCAUAUCGAUCUCAAUUUGGUCAUAGUCUAUCUAUCUAUCUAUCUAUCCUCAGUCUGUACAUAUCUAUUUCAAUUUGUUCAUAUCUAUCUAUCUAUCUAUCUAUCUAUCUAUCUAUCUAUCUAUCUAUCUAUCUUCAGUCUGUACAUACCUGCUUCAAUUUGUUCAUAUCUAUCUAUCUAUCUAUCUAUCUAUCUAUCUAUCUAUCUUCAGUCUUCAUAUCGAUCUCAAUUUGGUCAUAGUCUAUCUAUCUAUCUAUCUAUCUAUCUAUCUAUCUAUCUAUCUAUCUAUCUUCAGUCUGUACAUAUCUAUUUCAAUUUGUUCAUAUCUAUCUAUCUAUCUAUCUAUCUAUCUAUCUGUACAAUGAAAAGUCAGAGAAUUAUUUAUCACAUACAUUUCAUCUAUCUAUCUAUCUAUCUAUCUAUCUAUCUAUCUAUCUAUCUAUGUCAGCUAAUUCAUAGAUUAACUGUCUGUCUGUCUAUCUAUCUAUAUCGGAUACCUUUUGAACACAUCUCGUACACUGGCCUAUCUAUCUAUCUAUCUAUCUAUCUAUCUAUCUAUCUAUGA